AUGAACCGUUUUGUAAUUAUUUGCCUUCUUUUUACUUAUUAUGUCAUAUGGUCGCUCCUGCCUAUCUUCGAGAUCGAGAACUCCAAUCCAGUUGUGAGUUUACUCUUCCCCAUUUCUAGCAAUGUUGCAAUUUUCCUGCCCAUCUUCUUACUGUUGAUCGGGUUUACUUUAACUGGUUCUGUUUUAGGUGUAUUGCUUAUACGCAGCGAUAAAAAGAAAAAAGUUUAA